AAACCGUGUUUAGUGCUCGACUUGGACGAAACGCUGGUGCAUUCGAGCUUUAAGCCCGUGAUGAGAAGCGAUUUCAUCGUGCCGGUUGAAAUCGACGGCAAGAUGACCGACGUGUACGUGUUGAAGCGCCCGUGGGUGGAUUUGUUCAUGCGCGAAGUUUCGAAAGACUGGGAAAUUGUCGUGUUCACGGCCAGUUUACCGAAGUACGCGAAUCCAGUGAUGGAUUUACUGGACGUCGAGAAGACGGUUCGUUGGCGGUUGUUCCGUCGACACUGUUACGCGUUUCAGGGCAACUACGUCAAAGAUUUGACGUCUUUAGGCCGAGAUCUAUCGCAAACGGUCAUCGUGGAUAACUCACCUUAUUCAUACGCGUUUCAUCCGCAGAACGCGUUCCCUAUUUCGAGUUUCAUUGACAACCCCAACGACAACGAGUUGCUCAACGCGAUACCAUAUUUGCGAGAGCUAGCGAGAACUAAAGACGUUGUCGAAUUUUUG